AUGCAACUGGGACAACUGCCCUUGACACUUUUGGUUCUUAUGUUUAGGGACACCUCAGAAGCCUGUACUGCACGUCCUCAUAUUAACGCCCUUGAAGGGGAACCUUUCUUUCUGAAAUAUUGCUCAUCGAUCCCUGAGAAUGAAUCAAGCACCACAAAGUGGCUCAAGAGCAAUGGCUCACAUGGACAAGCUGAGCUCCGCCCAAGCAGUUCCCCCAGAGUGACUGUGCAUGGCUAUGCUUUGGAGUUUUGGCCAGUUGAGUUGGAUGACAGUGGAUCUUACUUUUUCCAAAUGGGAAAUCAAACUCAUGAAUGGAGAUUAAAUGUCAUCAGAAGAAGUAAACACAACUGUUUUACUGAAAAACAAGUAAUUAGUAAAACUGUGGAAGUUGGGAAGGCUUUGCAGGUGGACUGUAACCAUAGUUACUAUCAAAACCUGGUCAACAGAACGGCACUAUAUAAGAACUGUGAGAAGAUGGAGAACAAUAAAAACCCAUCUUUAAAGAAGAAUGCAGAGUUUAAAGAUCAGGGGUAUUACACCUGCAUGUUUUUCCUUCAUCACAACGGAAAACUAUUCAAUGUCACCAGCACCUACAAAAUAACAGUAGUUGAAGGAUCAGAUGUGCAGCUCAACUGCUCCGCUGCGCUGAACGAAAAGGACCUCAUCUACUGGACCUUCCGCAGAGAGGACGGGCAGGACCCAAACGAGCACGAAGGGGAGGAGGUGAAGGCCAGGACUUCAGAAGGCAAAUGGCAUGCUUCAAGAAUAUUGAGAAUUGAGAAUAUUAAUGAAAAAAACCUAAAUUUCUCAUAUAAUUGCACUGUGUCCAGCGAGAAAGGCCUAGACACCAAACGCUUCAUCUUAUUAACAAAAGAUCGGAGGGACAUCCCAGGCCACGUCUUCACUGGAGGAAUGAUCACAGCUGCUGUGAUCUCAGUGGUAGUUCUGAGCCUAGUGAUUGUGGCUGUUAUUUGUAGAGUUGACUUGGCUCUAUUUUGUAGACAUCUCAUGGGAAGAGAUGAAACAUUAACAGAUGGGAAGACAUACGACGCCUUUGUGUCCUACCUGAAGGGCAGCCAGCCGGAGCGCGGGCAGGAGCACGCCUUCGCGGUGGAGGUGUUGCCCCGGGUGCUGGAGGGGCACUUCGGGUACAAGCUGUGCAUAUUCGAGAGGGACGUGGCACCCGGAGGCGCUGUUGUUGAUGAAAUCCAUUCACUGAUAGAGCAAAGCCGGAGACUAAUCAUCGUCCUAAGUACCAGUUACAUGUUUAACGAAGUGAGGUAUGAACUUGAAAGUGGACUCCACGAAGCACUGGUGGAGAGGAAAAUUAAAAUAAUCCUCAUUGAAUUUGCGCCUGUCAGGGACUUCACAUUCUUGCCCCAAUCACUAGAGCUUUUGAAAUCUCACCGGGUUCUUAAGUGGAAGGCAGACCGGUCUCUCUCAUAUAACUCAAGGUUCUGGAAAAACCUUCUUUACCUGAUGCCUGCGAAAACGGCCCCACCACAGAGAGGUGAAUGCGAAGCCGAGCCGGUGCUUGCCGGGAACUGCCCUUAG